CAUUACAGGGGGAGGGGGGCUACACCCGAGCGCUGCCCUAUUUCCUUGGCUUCUCCCGGCUGUCGGAGCUCAGAUUAUCUCCGGCCGUGACGGAGCCGCUUCACCCCUGAUACCGGCUACCCUCAUCCCUACCCCGGGCUCCCCGCUCUCGCUAACACCGGUACCUCUUGGUCGCCCCUGUCAGUGUCCCCCCCCCCCCACUGAAGAUGUCCGGCUGGCAGGAUUACGUGGAUAUGUUGAUGGCCGAUGGCAGCUGCCAGGAGGCCGCCAUUGUCGGGUACGUGGACGCCAAAUACGUCUGGGCAACAACCUCCGGAGGCUUCUUCCAGACACUAACGCCUGCAGAAAUAGAUGUUCUGAUAGGAAAGGACAGAGAAGGAUUCUUCACUAAUGGCCUAACCGUUGGAGGAAAGAAAUGCUCGGUGAUCAGAGACAGCCUGUAUAUUGAAAAUGAUUACACAAUGGACAUCAGGACAAAAAGUCAAGGUGGAGAACCAACAUACAACAUUGCUGUAGGAAGAGCUGUCAGAGUCUUGGUAUUCGCAAUGGGGAAGGAAGGAGUCCAUGGAGGCGGCUUGAAUAAAAAGGCGUUUGCAAUGGCAAAAUACUUGAGAGAUAUGGGAUUCUAACUGCUAGGCCAACUUAUAUUCUAGGGGAUAAUAAAUAAAAAAAUUGCUACUAAACUUUCCUGUCUGAACAAAGCAUCUUUUCAUCUGGAAAUUUUAUUAGCAAUAACUGGGGUGAUGGGGGAUGAACCUGUGUCUCCUUUUUAAGUGGGGAAAGUUCUUUUUUUUUUUUUUUUUUUCUUCUUCUUUCUUUUCAAGCAAUUAUAGUUUCAUGGCAAAUUUAUGUCCUGAAUGGGACAACCCAACCGGAUGCUCCGUUAACUGCUUUCACCCUUCCUCAAAGGCUUUACCACUGAGCAGCAUCUCCUGCCAGCAAUCGCUGCGUCUCCCCAUCAUUCAGGCUGUGUGUGAUGGUGACCCAUUCGUCUUACGUUUUGCCCAUUGUCCUUUUUGUUCAUGUACGAAAGUACUCCUGACCCCCCCACCCAUGAUUGAAUUGUAGUCCCAAAAUGUGAACUAUGUGGCUUUAAGUGUGUUUACGGACUAGUCAUCCAUAGUGUCUGAUACAUUGUAUUUGAGAUUUGUGUAGUCAACUGUGACUACAAGUCCCAGUUCAAGAAACUUGAGUACCGAAUGUAAACUUUGCCACAAAUUGUACCUCAGCUAAGCAAGUUUCAGUCCUUUCUCCUAUAAAACACGAAGUACUUGACCAAGGUGGUUGGCAUUGUAUACAAAACUCAGUUUUGCCAGGAGAUUUUUUUACCAUUUUGUGCUGCUCUGCUAUAAGCAUGAUGUAUUAAGCACAUGCAUGUGUUGUCUUGCAAGAAGUCUAGGCUUAGUAUAAGUAGAGGCCUAGCGUCUUAAGUCUGCAGGACCGCAACAAGGCGUGGGCCAUAAGCCUAAUGUAUACUGGGGUGAAUGGUGGCACACCGAAAAACACUAGAAAAGGAAAUAUGUUUAUAAAACCACUGGAUUGGUUGCCUUUUGAGUGGUUUGAGCAUAUACACAGCUCAGCUUAGUCUUCCUUUGCUCAAACACGGGUAGAAAUAUCUACACGGAACACUAAAUUCUGGGUCCACGUUCUCACUACUAUUUUAUGGUGUAUUUCUGAUUGAUCCCUAUUAUAUUAAGAGUCCAGAUCAUGGUGCCGCUGUUACCAGUUUGGCAGUGAUCUUUCUGCCCGGAGGGAUGUGUUUCUGGUGCAAUAACUUGGUUACACCUUUUUAUUUCAUACUACUAUAUGCCAAAUCAUUUUUAUUUUUUAAAGAAAUGUUUUAAAGCCAUUAUCCUGGUUGAGAUGGGGGGGGGGGGGGGGGCUGUCCUUUUUAACCUUCAGAUUCCUCUUUACGAUCUUACACCCAGCACUGCAGCACAGCAAAUGGACGUGGGAGUGAGCAUGAGAAUUGCUACAGAAGCGCCAGUGUAGGAGGGUCUUGCAUAUAGUCCCGUAAACGUAUACUUAUACAUUUUUCUCUUUGUGGAUCUGUAUCGUCAGCCUUUAGCAUGGUGAGCAAUCGCCCAUAUCGCAGUGUUAAAGGGGUUGUCCAGAUGGGAAACCUAUUUACAAAGAGGGGGGGCAGAAUAGCUUGAAAUAAAAAAAAAAAAAUCCUGAUGCCACAUGGGUACCCUGUCACUUUCUACUUCCUGGUAAUGGGGCUGGUCACUGUUGUAUGGGAGCAGUGGGACAUUGAGAUUUUACUUUUUAAGCCAUGUUGCCCUAUUUUAUAUUUUUUAUAUUUAUUUAUUUUUGUCCUGGCCAAGGCAACCCCUUGAACUAAUCUGGUCUUGCCAUCCUACAAAUAUCCAUCCUCUUGUUUAGUUCUGUCGUGCUCUUGUGACGUUGGCUCUGACAGUGUUGCCCUUUCCUUCUGCCACAUACGAGCUUCAGUGGAUGUUGGCUGGUCAAAGAUCCUGCUGUCUACUCUAGGCUUUACAAGAACUUCUUACACUCUUCAAAUAAAAUAAGUCAAACGGGUUUCUCGGUCUUAACACUACAAAUAUGAAAUCCUUCAUUUUUGAAGGUGCCCGUUGUCACUGGCUCUUGCCCAGCUAGCUGAUUUUUAGUUUUUUAGUUUUUUUUUGGUAGGGAGUAUUGUGAUUUGAAGCCCUUACAAUAACGUGGUAAGGUUUUUUUCUGGUAGGGAAUAUUGUGAUUAAUACCCCUUCUAAUGUAUAAUGUUGUGGUAUAUUUUUGUUCAUAGGACCAAUUGCAGCUACAUAAUUCCCAGGCACUUAAAGGCAUGGUGUAUCUUUUAAAGCAAACCAGUCCCAAAUUCUAAGGCCCUGCAUUGUGGUCUGAAUCAGUAUUCUAGUUGACAAGGGAAUUUUCAGGUUUGAGGCUUACAUUACCAAGCACCUCAAUGAUGCAGUGAUUUCGGACUGAACUCGCUCAGAACACUGGUCCAGGCCACAUUAUGGCAGCCCGAUCCGCCAGCUGCAGUGACGUCCUCCAGCUUAUUGUCUUUGGCUCCCCUAAGAACAAUGACCUUGCUGCUCGAUUCUCUCCAUAGGUUUUAAGGGGUUGGUAGUUUGCAAUAGCGCUGCUGAUUAAACCGUAACGGCGAAUUAACAAUUGGGGAAAGUUUGCUGCAGAAUCAGUUCAGUACAUUUUCCUUGUAUUAUUUGAUGUGUAUAACCUGGUUGUCAGUUAAAUUCACUGCUCAGCGUCUUAUUUUAAUAAAUGACAAAUAAGAAUUCUUUGUACUAAAGAAUAGUAGAUGGCAUUCUUUAGAAUGAACCUGGCUGUAUUUGUGAUAGCUUCAUAUGUAUUCUGUGCCAUAUGACAAAACAAAGCCGCGAGAUGGGUUUUAACUGACACAAGGUCCUCCUUCCUCUGGAAUGGCACUUCUGUAAAGACAUUUUAGUAUUUUGCUUCCGUUUGUCUUGUGUAUCAUGUAAAAGGAAAAAAAAAACCUGUAUAAAUUCUUGUUAAUUUGUCCAUAUCUUUCCCUGCACUUUUGUUACAUCUGGGAUACAGUCUAACUCAUCUGAUUUAAUAUGCAUUUAAGGAAAUGCCAUAAACUAUUAAAACACCUUGUUUACAGACAGAUGAAAUUAAAUUUAUUCCAACCAAAAUA